CCAACACCUACCUAACUUUUUCCCAUUUUCUGCAAAAUGUGGAAAGACAAAGGAAUUUAUUUAUUUAUUCUUGUAUUCUUUUCUUGGUUUUUCCAUUCUAGUCAAUCGUCUCCAGUACUAACGGUUGAAAAGCUGAAAUUGAGCGAUAAACAGCACGAUGGAGAACAAACUCCCGUAGUCAUUUGGCAUGGCUUGGGUGAUUCAUAUAAUAGCAUUUCGCUUAAUAGUAUUGUUAAACGUGUGGAGGAAAUCACAGGUGCAGCCGUCUUUGUCGUCCACAUAGGUGAUUCAGGAUUCAGUGAUCUGAAGGCUGGAUAUAUUGGAAAUGUUCAAGAGCAACUUGACGGUGUUUGCGCACAACUGUCUACCAUAGAAGAACUGAAGUACGGGUUUCAUGGCAUUGGUGUCAGUCAAGGAGGGCUUUUCCUUCGUGGUUUACUUGAGACCUGCGAUUUUGUUAAAAUCCGCACUUUACUUACUGUUGGUUCUCCUCAUAAUGGAGUUUUUAAUUUUCCAGGAUGCUCUGCAACGAAUUUCUUCUGUCAAGCAGCCAGUAAGUCUGUUCUGGCACUGGGUGCUUGGAAUUCUUGGGUUCAGGCCCACAUUGUGCAGGCUCAAUACUUCCGUACAGAAAAGGACUUUGAAAAAUAUUUAGCGAACAGUCGAUUUCUAGCAAGGAUUAAUAAUGAGAUUGAUCAUGAGGACAUGAGUUUGUACAAAAAAAAAAUGGAGCAACUAGACAAACUCGUGCUAAUAACCUUUGCUACAGACACAAUCAUUACCCCUCCGGAAUCUUGUGCUUUUGGAUGGGAAGAUGAGGAUACAGGUGCACCUGUUCCUAUGAAAGAGCACUUUGGCUACUUGAAUGACGUUUUAGGAUUGAGAACGCUCGAUGAACAAGACAAAAUCACUAGCCUCAUCUAUCCAGGAUUCCAUCUGGAGCUGUCGGAUAAAGAGAUGGAUGACUUAAUUCGGAUAUACUUAAAAGAUGCCAAACAAGCGUUGGAAAAGCAAGAAAUAAUGAGUACACAUUCCAAAGAAAAACCUUCUUUGUUUUCUCCGUUAUAUUUGGAUAUGCUUGAACGUGUGAAUCGGUUUUCUAGUAAAAAUCUAGCUCCCAAGAUGGAAAACAAUGUUCAGAAACGAAGUUUUUUGGAAGGUGAAAAUGAUAGCAUCAAUAUUUUACAGGACUUAUCGACGGAAAAGGACUCUCCUUCCAAAUCGCUAGCAACGGAACUGUUUAUGACCGUGUUUUCUCACUUUUUCUAUCAUGUGGAUGAUUUUUGGAAAAGCAUUAUGGAAUUGUUUUCACUCAUUCCUCAAAUAAUAGGUAUAAUGUACCUUACAGUGAUGGUGACCAAUCGAGAACUAGAUACGUUCAUGCAGUUCGGGGGUCAAGUUACGAACGAGGCACUCAACUACGUUAUUAAGAAUAUAGUAAAAGAUCCUCGCCCUUCAGAUAUCAUACAUGGUGUAGGGUAUGGUAUGCCUAGUAGCCAUUCUCAGUUUAUGGGUUAUUUUGCUGCUUAUAUGAUUUCGUGGGCGUACAAAUACCGAAAGGAAGAAUGGAGUCACAUCAGUUCUUUGGCAAAGAUGGGGAUUUACUGUGUGUUAUCCUUUUGUGUAUGCUCUAGCCGUUACUUUUUGCAUUAUCAUUCGCUUUCACAGGUGAUAGUUGGAUUUUUGACAGGUCUUGCAUUUGGCUACAUGUGGUGCUGGUUUACGGGUCAGUUGCGUGUUUUAGGCAUGACCAAGUGGAUUUUGGAGUUUCCCAUAAUUGAGUGGUUUUACAUCAAAGACACUAUUAUUCAUACCAAAGACAAUCACAGACGGGAAUGGUUAACAAGUCGUCAACAGAUGAACCAAAAGCGAAUCUAACUGGAUCACGAAUAUGUUAUGCUGAUUGAAACGUUUGGGUAUUUAUUAAGGCAAGAAUAGCAAUUGAUGCUUAUAGAGUCCGUAA